AUGGGUAAGAGGAGGCGAAGUGGCUCGACUCCCCAUCAUCAAAAUCCGCCGAUCGAUCCUUCUUCUUCUACCCCUUCUCCCUCUGGUGAUAUGCCUUUUUCUUCUGGAAGAGGAUCACUACCCCACGGGAGAAGUUCCCGGCUCGAUUCUGCUGAACCAAACCCUCUUUCGCAAGGGAUGCAAGCUCAAGACAAUGCCACCAGACUGCUGAAUUUGCACUCAUCUCUCUCACAUCAGCACCACAACCUUGGUCGAUCGGUGUUUCUGAAACGAUCACGUCAUCAUUAUGGCCAUCAUUACUCUCGUAGGAAUUCAGGAAGCCACGCUGGUUCAUCAUCGACUUCUCAUGGGAGGAAUCACCACCUUUUACACGAUGAGAGACGCCCUUUCAAGUUUGGCAGUCAACACGAAGCAGGUCUAGAGUUCAAGCAUCAGGGAGAUUACAGGGAAAAAGGCGAUUUCACCAGACCCGAGAGGAUCCGGUUCAGCUCAUUAGUAACUGACGCCGUAUCCUCCUCCUCAGACUCGAUAAAGGUGGUAUGCGGGAUCUGCCAGAAGCUGUUGAGGCGAAAGCCUUGCUCCCUCGGCGACUCGCCAUCAUCCUCCGGUGAAUUUGCUGUUGUCGCUGUUCUGGUUUGCGGCCAUAUGUAUCACGCAGAAUGUUUGGAGGGGAAGACGAGCCUCGAGCACACAUGUGACCCUCGAUGCCCACUGUGUUGCGUGUAG